ACCAUGGGAGUUUUCGCGUCAUCAGCGCCGUUUCUCGUCGCUCUUCACUUGGUUUUGGCCACCGUCCGGGCGGGAGGGCUGCUCCAGACGGUGCCGAUGGAGGAGUACGAGCUGUCGUUCCAGUACUACCAGCAGAGCUGCCCCCAGUUCGAGGCAAUCGUGGGCAGGAAAGUGAACGAAUGGAUCACGAAGGACUAUACUUUGGCACCUGCCCUAAUGAGGUUGCACUUCCACGACUGCAUCGUCAGGGGGUGCGACGCGUCGAUAUUGUUGAACUUUCCGGGGAGCGAGAGGAGCGCCGAGGCGAGCAAGACCCUCAGGGGGUUCCGGGUAAUCGACGACAUAAAGGCGGAGCUGGAGAAGAGCUGCCCGAAGACGGCGUCGUGCGCCGACAUCCUGACGGCGGCCACAAGGGAUGCCACCGUGUCGGCGGGCGGGCCGUUCUGGAUGGUCCCGUACGGCCGGAAGGACGGGAGGGUCUCCAUCGCCAAGGAGGCCAACAAGGUGCCGAUGGGCCACGAGAACGUCACUUAUCUCCUCGAGCUUUUCCAAUCCCAAGGAUUGACUGUCCUUGACUUGGUCGUCCUCUCAGGCGCGCACACGAUCGGGCGGAGCACCUGCGAGUCCAUCCAAUCGCGGCUCUACAACUACAAGUACACUGGGAAACCCGACCCGACCCUCAACCCGCAGUACGCGAACUACCUGCAGCGGAGGUGCCGGUGGUCGUCGGAGUACGUGGCCCUGGACGGGACGACGCCGAGGACCUUCGACAACGUGUACUACGAGAACCUGCAGCGGAAGAUGGGCCUCCUCUCCACCGACCAGUACCUCUAUGCCGACUCCCGGACCUGGCCGCUCGUGGCGGCGCUCGCCACCCAGCCCAACCUCUUCAACUACCAGUUCGGCGUCUCCAUGGCCAAUCUCGGCAACAGCCAGGUGCUCACCGGCGACGAAGGCGAGGUCCGCACCAACUGCAACGCCGUCAACCGCCGCUACUGAUUAUUUUCCCGGUUCUUAUUCGAAUUUGUCUAUUUUCGUUUCUUCUUUUCCUUAUGAGUGUCGAUUGAGAAGAAUUGAAGAGUAUCAAAUUCAGCUUGGGUUAUUAUGAAUACAAUGGCAAAUUAAUGAUUGUUCAUGUCAUUAAAUUUU